AUGUCGUUCAAGCGAGAGGGGGACGAUGGGAGCCACGAAUGUAACCAACGUGUCCCGCCGUCCCCUGUCUCCAUGCAGAAGCGGAGGGUGGCCGAUUUGCUGGCCAGCUACAUCCCGGAGGACGAGGCCUUGCUGAUAAAAAAUGGAAGCUACGCCUGCACCGUGUGUCACCACAGACCCGUCUUCACCACCGUAGACAUGCUCUCCAUCCACCGCAAGGGGAAGAAACACACAGCCUGUCUGCAGAGGUACUACGGGAAGAAGGCGGAGUUCAGGAACGAGGUGCAGAAACGCCAACACCGGGAAUACGUCCGCGCGGAGGAGGCGGGAGAGCAGCUGCCCAAGGGCCCGGCGCCGCUUCUGGUCCAGACCAGGAGGAUCACCCAUAAUGCAUUGCUGAAGUCCGCCCCCUACAACAGCUGCUGCUCCUCACGCAAUAGGCCGGGAGAUGCUGGUAAGGGGAUCGCCUCCCCGGAACUUGGUGCCCCUCCUCCAUCGCUGAUGUCACAUACCGCCCAAGCAGUCAGCGAAUGGGCUGGAACUCCGGAGACUGAGCCUGCCCACGCAGAGCCCGGUGGCAGCUCUAAAGGUCUCAGUAUGGAACCCAAAGCCAAGAAAAGCGCCCGACACAAGAAGAAGGAUCGGAAAUGUCCGGGGAACGGGGAGGAGGAGGCGGCGCCCGGCGAUGACCCGGAAAAAAAGCGGGCGCUGGAGCACUACCUGCGUCUGCGGAGCGCUGGCUGGAUCCCGGACGGCAGCGGGAAGUGGGUGCGGGACGAGAACGUGGAAUUUGACACCGACGAGGAAGAGCCGCCACCGAUGCCGCCUCCGUGACUCCUCCUUGUCAGGUCAUGUGACUCUAUAUCUGUUAUACAGACGGGAGCUCUGGGCGCGGCCGACUCUCCGUUCUAGAGGGAGUUCUAUA